ACGUCCUCGCGAGCUGACCUCCCAAAACAACCGAGACGUUUCUGUAGAAGGGUCAGGCUUUUUUCUACCAUCUUCUGUUCCUGACUGUUGACACGGCUAUAGCGAACACACGCCAGGAAGAACAUACUUUAGGAAGAACAUACUUAAGGAAGAACGCACAUCAGGAAGAACAGGCUCCUAUCUCUAACUCGGAGUGUUUUUACAUCUUGCUGUAUUCAUCUGACUUCCCACAGGAACAAGACCCAAGUUACAAGGGAGUUCAGCUGCUGAAGCUUUCACCUUAGUCCAAAAACCUGUCCUUUUCUUUUAGGAUUUUUGUUUUGGGUAGGUUGGAGAGAAAAAUCAUCAAAUUCAAUGUGAAGAAGGAGAAGCGUGUAAUUUGAAAUCUAAGUAGACCACAAAACCUCCAUCAGAAAAACAAACAAACAAAACGAAACAAAACAAAAAAUCUCGAGACAUUUGUUUUGUUUUGUAAGUCAUUACAAUCCAAUUAGAAGCUGAAAGUCUUGGAUCAGUCAACAACAGAGCAGGCAAAUAAUUUACAAAUACGUUGCACGCAGAUAAAUCGUCGUUUCUUUCGGACCCCCAGAUAUUUCGACUUCAGAAUCUUGCUUGUUUUUGUGGUUGUUAUUGAAGAGAAGAGGAAUUGAAGAAUAAUUAUCAAAUGAUGUGUUUGUAACCUGUGUCGUUUGUGGUUUUGUAAAAAGUUGUCUCGUGGACAUCACCAAUCCACACGUACAAGAAAGAUGGCGCACUAUGGGCGGGCACAGACCACAGACCUAUCAGCCCGGCCAACAAGCCUGGUGUUCUGUCUGUUCGUGACCUUGACCUUGUGGACGUCCUCCUGCAUGGCGGCCCGUCACGUGACGCUGCGGCCACUUCCGGCCAAGUCUCCAGUGCCGGAUGAGCGUGACGUGGCAAUAAUUCUGGUUCCGGAACUGGGCGUCGCGCAUACGGAUUAUAAAGUUUUCUGU